CUCCUACUCGUAUUGGCUCUCACUCACCCCACUGACUGAUUGGGUUCCAUCACUCAUCAGUACAUUUCUCAUUGGCUUAUCUCCGGCGUCUGCAUUGUAGGAGUCUAUCUGCUCCCUGUUUACAUUUUCUAUUGGUCCGAAAUGCCCUGUGCUUUAUUCCCAGUAGAAACCUGCGAUUGGGCAUGAGGAUCGAGACAUCAGUAUGCGAUUGGCUUUCUGCGAAUUAAAAAUUCUAGCAUCAAACCCAUCCCGUUAAGAGGAAGGUGUGAGAAUUGACUUGCCGCUGUGUGCACGCAAUCUAAGCAGACAGCUGAGGAAUAGAUGUGUGCAAGUGGCAGCGGUGACAGGUGCAUCUUAUGGCACCUUCACGUGUCCUCUCACUUGUAACUUCCUUACCGCAUUGAACUUACUGUUCUCCUAUUGCAGUACCUGCUGUCUCCUUGAGCUAUUCAUUCAUUCCAUGGCACGCAGGCUUGGGUACACCAUACCCCACUAGAAAUCGGUACUAUGAAGAAGCAAGUUAUACUGCAAUCGAAAGACAAGCUCUCUUAUGUGACUUGAUGUCAGGCCAAAGAAUUAAGGUGCAGUCAUUCUUCUUUCUGAGCGUUCAUGAAAAAAGCCUUGUCGGAAUCAUGGAUGACAGAGCCAACAAGUUUAUUUUGGCUCCAGUGUUAGCCGUACUCUUUGUUAUGAUUGUCUACCAGUACAUAUGUCCAACCGGGACCAACUCAUGGCAUUUCCGGACAGGGGACUCUGUAAGAGGGCUAGUCCAGUCCUCCGAGCUUCCAGCCAUUGCAGAGGCUCAGUGGCAGAGUGAGGAGGAUGAGAGUGAAAUCCUAGAAGACAGCAUCCCUGCAAAAUUCAAGCCAACCUUCAACUUCAUGGCCAAAGACCUUUACAGAUUCGUGGAUUUUAAUAUCAAGGGGGAUGAUGUUAUAGUGUUCCUCCACAUACAAAAGACUGGAGGCACUACUUUUGGGAGACACUUGGUCAGGAAUAUCCAGCUGGAGCAGCCCUGUGAUUGUAAGCCAGGCCAGAAGAAGUGCACCUGUCACCGUCCUGGGAGAAAGGAGACCUGGUUAUUUUCUCGCUUCUCUACGGGCUGGAGUUGCGGAUUGCAUGCAGAUUGGACUGAGCUCACCAACUGCGUUCCGGCUAUCAUGGAGAAGAAGGACAGCCAGAAAAAUCUCAGGAACUUCUAUUAUAUCACAAUGCUGAGGGACCCGGUAUCACGCUACCUAAGUGAAUGGAAGCAUGUCCAGAGAGGAGCGACUUGGAAAGCCUCACUCCAUGUCUGUGAUGGAAGAAGUCCAACUCCUGAUGAGCUGCCUACAUGUUAUCUUGGGGAUGACUGGUCUGGAGUUACAUUACAGGAAUUCAUGGACUGUAGCUACAACCUGGCUAAUAACCGUCAAGUACGGAUGCUUGCAGACCUUAGCCUAGUUGGGUGUUACAACUUGACAUUUAUGAAUGAAAGUGAACGGAAUGAUAUUCUUCUACAGAGUGCCAAGAAUAACCUUAAAAACAUGGCUUUUUACGGCUUGACUGAGUUUCAAAGGAAAACACAAUACCUGUUUGAGAUAACAUUCAAUCUAAAAUUUAUUUCUCCAUUCACACAGUUCAAUACUACCAGGGCCUCAAAUGUGGACAUUGAUGAAUGGUCCCGUGAACGUAUAAAGGAUCUUAACUAUUUAGAUAUGCAGCUUUAUGACUAUGCUAAGGACCUUUUCUUACAGCGCUUCCAGUACACAAGACAACGAGAGCAUCAGAGAAAGAGGGAGAAAAGAAAGGAAGAAAGGAGACUUCUUAGGGAACAUAAGGUCCAUCAACCUCACAAGGAAGACAAACCAACAGAAGUCUCUACUACUGAAGACUACAAUAGUCAGGUGGCAAGGUGGUGACAUUUGCAGCUUUUUAAUUCAGAGUAAUAGGGAAAUUAACAUCAAUUUGUUAUCAGCAUUUUUUUAAAAAUCUUUUCAAUUCAAACUUUUAAAGGAGAAAAAAAAAAAGAUUAUGAUAAGGUGGUGAUUUCAAAGAAGUCAAUAAGACAGGAGGUGGAAAAAGACUUUAGAAAACAUUUCCUGAAUAAACUAUACCUACUGUAAUGUCAAAUUAUUUGUUUCUAUGGUGUGCCACCAAACAAUAUAAUGAUUAUUCUUUGGAUCUCUUAAAAUUUCCUAAUUUUGUGACAUGAUCUUUGUUGUCAUCUUCCAUUAAAACUUCCCGGACAUAAAAUGUCAGCAUAGGAAUUGUGAAAAUGUCAAAUGGACUUUUGUGCUCUUUUCAAACUGUUUGCUUCUUACCUUUUCUGCACUAGAUUAAACUCUCUUCAUUUGUCAAUGUCUACAAUUCCAGAGAUUUUUAAGUGGUGU